AAAUGCAUUUCAGGCUGAGCAGACAAGUGUCAGAGGAGCUGGCUAGACCGCAGAUGUGUCAGAGGGACCAUGGCCUUUCCAUAGGCUCAUGGUCAGAGGUGGAGGGGGAGUGGUGAACGUUCUAAUGAAAAAAGUCAACAUGAAAGCUUCCUGGCGAUGGGCGCUGGGGCUCAGCCACCACUUCCUGUGCAUCUCCCUGGCCCGCUGGGCUCAGUCCCCACCCCGCUGCUCAGCACUCGACCGGUAGAAUCUGAGCGAUGCCUUCCACGCUCCGUGCCCUGCUCUGCCUUGGGCUGUGUCUGAGCCAGAGAAUCAGCGCCCCAAAGCAGACUCUCCCAAAACCGAUCAUCAGGGCUGAAUCCACUUACAUGGUUCCGAAGGAAAAGCAAGCGACCCUCUGUUGCCAGGGAAGUUAUGGAGCUGUUGAAUACCAGCUGCAUUUUGAAGGAAGCCUUUUUGCCGUGGAGAGACCAAAACCGCCUGAACGGAUUAAUGGAGUCAAAUUCCACAUCCCGGACAUGAACUCCCGCAAGGCAGGGCGAUACAGCUGCAUCUAUCGGGUUGGGGAGCUCUGGUCAGAGCGCAGCGACUUGCUGGAUCUGGUGGUAACAGAAAUGUAUGACACACCCACGCUCUCGGUUCAUCCUGGACCCGAAGUGACCUCGGGUGAGAAGGUGACCUUCUACUGCCGUCUAGACACAGCAACAAGCAUGUUCUUACUGCUCAAGGAGGGAAGAUCCAGAGACGUGCAGCGCAGCUACGGGAAGGUCCAGGCGGAGUUCCCCAUGGGCCCUGUGACCACAGCCCACAGAGGGUCAUACCGAUGUUUUGGCUCCUAUAACAACUAUGCCUGGUCUUUCCCCAGUGAGCCAGUGAAGCUCCUGGUCACAGGCGACACUGAGAACACCAGCCUUGCACCUACAGACCCCACGUUUCCCGACUCUUGGGACACCUGCCUUUUAACCAGAGAGACGGGACUCCAGAAAGACCUUGCCCUCUGGGACCACACUGCCCAGAAUCUCCUUCGGAUGGGCCUGGCCUUCCUAGUCCUGGUGGCUCUAGUGUGUCUCCUGGUUGAAGAUUGGCUCAGCAGGAAGAGGACUAGAGAGCAAGCCAGCAGAGCUUCCACUUGGGAAGGCAGGAGAAGGUUGAACAAACACAAAGACUCUGAAGAAUGACCAUGAGACGCAGUGGCCAUGGGUGGAACUGAAAGCUGGUGUUGAGCCUCGGUGGCGUGAGCUCUGUGUCAGACCCACGGAGGAGGCAGUCACUGCAGGGAACAGGGGACAGGGGACACUGGCAUUCCAUUUGUCAGAGCAUCCCGGACGACGCAGAGGGUGGGAGAACUACAUGCUAAGUUUCUUUCUGGUUUUUUUUUUUUUUUUUUUGAGACAGAGUUUUGCUCUUGU